UUUCCUGAUGGAUGAGUCAACUCACCCCCUUGACUUGUAAAAAUCUCCAGUCUUCUUCACCCACCAUCUCUAAACUCAGAUCCAUCCCCAAAUUCUCACUUCCCCCAAAAAUGGCUCCUCCUCCACCACCCCAUCUCACCGCCACCUUCCUCCUCCUCCUCCUCCCACUCCUCCUCACACUCUCUUUUCCCACCACCGCCACACCCUCCGCCGACCUCCUAAACGAGCUCGAAAACCUCCAAUCCACCUCCCCCAACGGCGUAAUCCGCCUCAACGACAACCUCCUCCGCCGCAUCAUCUCCCUCCCCCGCCCUCGCCCUUUCUCUCUCCUCAUCUUCUUCGACGCCGCCCAACUCCACGAAAAAACCGAACUCCAGCUCCCCACUCUCAAAUCCGAAUUCGCCAUCGUUUCCAAAUCCUUCAUCCAAAACAACAAGGAAUCCUCAAAUCCCCCGAAAAUCUUCUUCUUCGACAUCGAAUUCAAGGAUUCCCAGAAAUCCUUCGGUUUAUUCGGCGUCAAUUCGCUCCCUCACAUCCGCCUCGUCUUGCCUCAUGUCGACAAUCUCAAGACUUCAGACCUCAUGGACCAGGGUGACUUCUCCCGACUCGCUGAGUCAAUGUCCGAGUUCGUCGAGUCAAGGACGAAACUCACUGUAGGCCCGCUUCAACGCCCGCCCAUGUUCUCUGGUAAGCAGAUCGUCUUCCUCUUAGCCUGUUUGAUGAUCUGUGCACCCUUUGCUUUGAAGAAGAUUCUUGCUGGUCAGACAUUGUUGCAUGAUUAUAAGCUAUGGUUAUUCGGUGCGAUUUUUGUCUACUUUUUUAGUGUUUCUGGGACAAUGCAUAACAUAAUUAGGAAGAUGCCCAUGUUUAUAAAUGAUAGAAAUGAUCCUUCAAAAUUGGUGUUCUUUUACCAAGGCUCUGGGAUGCAGUUGGGUGCUGAGGGUUUUGCUGUUGGGGGUUUGUAUACUGUUGUUGGUUUGCUUCUUGGGUUUGUCACUCAUGGGCUUGUUAAGAUUAGGAGUGUGACCUUCCAACGGUUCGCUAUGGCGGUGGCUUUGAUCGUCUCGUUCUGGGCUGUUAAGAAGGUUGUGUAUCUUGAUAAUUGGAAGACUGGGUAUGGCAUUCAUGCUUACUGGCCUUCCAGCUGGUAAUCGAGGAUUCGAGGUGAUGAAAUUUCGAUUACUUUAGUGUUAAUGUGGUUGUUUGAAUGAGGGAAUGUUGGUUGCAGGAACAUUAUUUUGUUAGAUUUGUAACCAUGACAUUUUUGUUAUUGCUCAGGAUAUAUACAUGGAAUGAAAAGUUCUAGUUACUAGUUUCUUAA